AUGACGCCCGAGGGAGCUGAAGGCGAGGCCGGCCUCCACGAUUCAACCAACGACACAACAAGGACCAUUUCCGACUCUACCUUUUUCAGGGAGCAUCGGGCGUCUACGCUCCCUAACCCGGCCGAGGUGAGAGCCAUCAACGAGGGGUCAGGCAACAUCCGUGGUACAAGAUUCAACCGACCCCCGCCUGUCAAGUUUCCAUCGUUGGGGCUGAUUGUCAAAUAUGGAGCCGACACAACCGUUACAGAGGCAGAGACCCAACAUAUGGUAUACAAGCAGUUGAAAGGCAAAGUACCAGUUCCUGAGGUGUUUGGGUGGACCGAAAACGGUGGCCAAGUAUUUAUCUACAUGUCUUUGAUAAGGGGCGAAACCUUGGAGCAAGGAUGGGGUGCUUUGAACGAUGAGGAGAGAAACGCUGUCUGUAAAGAGCUCAACGGCAUGGUCAAGGCCUGGAGAUCGUUAGAGAAGCCCGACCAAGUCCUUUACGUGGGCAAGUGA